UCCCUCUAGCUCCCUGUAGUUCUCAAGAUGGCGGCGGCCGGGGACGUGCCUGUGCGGGUCUGUAACCAGGAGAUUGUCAAAUUCGACUUGGAGAUUAAAGCGACGGUGCAGGAUAUCAGUGAUUGUCAAGGGCCCUUAAGUGUGCUUACAGAAUUAAAUGCCAGAGUAAAGGAAAAGUUUCAACAUUUACGUCUCAGAAUACAGGAGCUUGAGCAGAUGGCUAAGGAGCAAGAUAAAGAAUCAGAGAAACAAGCCUUACUCCAAGAAGUAGAGAACCAUAAAAAACAAAUGCUCAGCAAUCAGACAGCUUGGAGAAAGGCAAAUCUAGCUUGCAAAAUUGCUAUAGACAACUCUGAGAAGGAUGAACUGCUGCCAGGAGGAAACUCAUUAAGACAAAGAAAAACCACAAAGGAAAGCCUGGCAGAGAAUGCAAGUACAAUUACAGAGAACCUGAUGGCUAUUAGCAGGAUGAUGUCUCAGCAGGUCAAGCAGAGUGAGGAGACCAUGCAAACACUAGCCAAUUCUUCACGAACCAUCCUGGAUGCGAAUGAUGAAUUUAAGUCCAUGUCGGGAACAAUACAGUUGGGGCGAAAGCUCAUUACAAAGUACAACCGCAGAGAACUGACUGAUAAGCUGCUCAUUUUUCUUGCCCUGGCCUUAUUUUUGGCCACUGUGCUCUACAUCCUGAAAAAGAGACUCUUUCCAUUUUUGUAAAAUUCCAAAGCUCAUGGAUUACCAAAUAUUAUGAAAGACCAGAAAGGGAGAUGGGGUAAUAAUGAUGAAAUUCAAUGUAACUGGGAUCAAGCACUGUUCUAGCUGAAAGAGGUCUUUAUAUUGUAUAAAUGGAGUAUGAUACUGGCUAAGAUGUCAAGCAAGCUUGCUCACACAUGUAGGGGCAGGAGCAGAAAGAAUGAGGUGGACAGAAGCAACACCCUUUUCUCUGCUGGGUUGGGGAAACAGAGAAGCACUUCGUGAUCCAGGCAGGUGCUAAUCUUAAUUUUCAACCCUUCACCCAUCUCUGCAUGAAAUGACCUGUCUCUUAACGAUCUGAUCAGGAGGUGCCUUAUCAGCUGUAUGUAAGAUGUUGAGAAUUAAGCUGAGGAACAUGAGAAGAGAAAAGAGGAUGGAUGCAAAUAAACAACCCCCCCCAAACUUAGAUACAUUCCUUUAAUAAACUAUUUAUAGUGUCUGCAUAAAUUGAGUCUUAUUUAAAAGGAGGAAUUACACUUGUAUUGAAGGAGACUGAAUUGUAUAUACAAGGUCUUUCUGCCUUUAAAACUGAAUCUGCCUUUGACUUACAAAGAUGGCUGCUACAGGAGUGAAAUGAAAUAAGUGGCUUUAGAAUAAAAACUGUCAUGCCACCUUUUCGCAAGUCAAGUUCCAAAAUUUAGAGUCUUAUAAUAUGGGAAAUGCAUCUUGUGUCUUCUUGAGGCCAAAGUUACUGUGUUUCUUUGAGAAUGUAGUUCAGAUAUGUUCUGUGGCUUCAUUUCAGGGCUGCACUUGGAGAACUCCAGUUGAUAUUUGAGUCGAAAGGCCCAUUUGCCUUGAUUCAGCACAGCUUGUGUAAGAGGCAUAGGAGUGUAUUUCAUAUUAUUAAUUCCUAAGGAGUACAUUGGAGUUACAAAAAAGAUUUCAGUGGAGGAUACAAAAAAAAAUUAGAAAAACCACAGCAGAAAAUCAUGUAUUUCUCAACAUAAACCCUAGAGACCACUUGGAGUAUAUCUUUGGUCAUUACAUCUCUUGACAUUUAAAAAAUAAUUUUGCAUUUCUCAAAAGACCAAAGUACAAACAAGUCUCUGUUAUAGCUCUUCUUACUGGUGCAAUAUUUUAUUAAAAGCACAUUGUCAAGGAAA